AUGACGAGCAGGACGCUGGAGAAUUCGCGAGAGGCCGAGAGGGAGAUGGCAGAAGUUGAAGGACUGCCGCAAGAAGGAAUUUCUCCACCCAACAUUUUAUUAAACAAUUUCAUGGUUGCCAAAAUUGCUGACUUUGGAUUGUCUAGAGCAUUCAUAAAUGAAAGAGAUUCUCAUCUAUCAACUCAGCCAGCUGGUAUGUCAGAUUAUAUUGAUCCUGAAUUUCAGAAGUCUGGAAUCAUAAAUAAAAAAUGUGAUAUCUGUAGCUUUGGGAUGAUUCUUCUUCAACUAAUCACUGGUCGUCCUCCAAUAAGAAGAGAAAUUGGAAGUAUUUGUUAUAUUAUUGAUUGGGUUCGUUCUAAAGUUGAAUGUGGCGACAUUCAUGGCAUUGUUGAUCCAAGGUUGGAAGGUGAAUUCCAUGUUGCUACUGCAUGGAAAAUUGGUGAGAUAGCAAUGUCAUGCGUUAUACCAAAGACCAAACAAACGCCGGACACAGUUUUCGUGUGA